CCCGCCGGUACCGAGCGGUUCGCGGGUGUCGGCGCUGCCCGGUCGCCGCCGCCGCCGCUGCCCCGGCCCCUCCUCCCGCGCCGGGACAUGGACUCCGACUCCUGCGCUUCCCCGUUCGCCCCGGAGGACUUCUCCCCUGCCUCCCGGCGGCACCGCACCGUGGAAGACUUCAACAAGUUCUGCACCUUCGUCCUGGCCUACGCCGGCUACAUCCCGUACCCGCAGGAGGAAACGCCGCUGAGGAACAGCCCCAGCCCUCCCAACAGCACCGGAGGCACGAUUGACAGCGAUAGCUGGGAUCCCCGCUUCAAUGACGUCCCCUCUUCCGUUUCCCUGCCCACCAAGAACAGAAAGAACUUCAGUCAGCUUAAGCGAGCGAAACCGUACGGUUCCCUGUUCCAGCGGGCAAAACCCAGCAACUUCCUGCCGGAGAGAAAGCAAAUCGACAAGAUCAGGAAGAAGAAAAAGCUGAAGAGGAGGGAAACAGAGGUGUCAGCAGAGGAGGACUAUGAGGAGAAGCUGCUGGAGCUGGAGGCAGAGGACUCUUAUGUGGAGACGCCGCUGAGCCCCUCGUCUGAGGGUGACCCGCAGUCUGCAGCCGAGCACGGCUCUGUCUGGGACUCUGACACUCCGUCCAGUGUCUCCUACCCCGCCAGCACGGCCGAGCAGGCAGUGGAGAUCCAGAGCGUGGGCAAGAGGACAGUCAUUCGGCAGGGCAAGCAGGUGGUCUUCCGGGAUGAGGAUGGCACUGGGGACGACGAGGACAUCAUGGUGGAUUCAGAUGACGACUCAUGGGACCUUGUCACCUGCUUCUGCAUGAAGCCUUUUGCCGGGCGGCCAAUGAUCGAAUGCAACGAGUGCCACACCUGGAUCCACCUCUCCUGCGCCAAAAUCCGCAAGUCCAACGUCCCCGAGGUCUAUAUCUGCCAGAAGUGCCGGGACUCCAAGUUUGACAUUCGCCGCUCGAACCGCUCCCGGACGGGCUCGCGCAGGCGCUUCCUGGACUAGGGAGGGAGGCACGAGCUGCUACGUGGGCCGGGAGCCGGGAGAGCUCCCUGAACUGCUGCUCAGGCUGAGGGGCUGCCCGGCCGGCCCCCCUGGCAGGGACAGGAAUCGCCAGCCAUGGGCAGCUGGUGCUGGGAGAGGCUGAGGGGCCAGAACUGCUGCUGGAUCCCGAUCAGCUCAAGGGACAGACCGAGCUCUCUGGGAUCGGGGGGUUUGUCUGGUUACAGAUACGAACUGGGUGGUGUCUGGGGAAUGUAUAAUACCUUUGCCAUGUAUGUUUUCUCAUCCCAUCAGGAAGCUGCAAACCUCUGUGCUAGGAAACUCCUCCACCUCCACAGAGGGAGGAGGAGUUGGAGGGAAUCUGUGUGAAGAGUCUGAAAAGUAAAUGGCCAUGUGUUAUAAUUUUGAUGUAAUAUUAUACCUGCCCAUUGUCCGUAUGUAUCCAUCUUAGAUAUUCUCAGGCUCCACAGGAGCAUUGGUGCACACACAGCACUGGGCCUAGGCAGAAGGGGGUUCUGUCAUCCAGCCUUGUGCUGUGGAAAGGGGACUGGUGCCUGGUGAGUAGGAGAGCAGCCCUUCUGGACAGUGCUGGGGAGCAGCCACACUGGAGUUCUUCCCAGAAGGUCUCUUACCGUGAUACUUCGUGACUGUUUUGCAUGAUUGGCUGAAAUGUGUGUGUGGGGCAGAUUCCGUGUGCUCUGCCUCCCGGCCCCUCCUUAAACUCCAAGGUGCUGUUUUAAGAAGAUGACAACUCUCCCUUUUCUCAGCCCUGAAUUCAAACGUGGACUGUAAAAGGGGCCAGAGUAAACUUAGAACCUGGCAGGCCUCGUUUGGGAUUUGAUCAUUUCCAUCCGAGUACUACAGCUGAGCUGACUUUUGCUUUCACUGUUUAAGACUGGAUUUGUGAUUAAAAAAAUGGAAUCUUUAACCUAUUGGUUGUUAAUUACGCAGAUAAAAGCAAAUGCAGGCCAUGCAGCUAGUGAGGUGAAGUGCAAUGAAGACCCAUCCAGUGCAGGGGUGGACAGACCACCUAAGCCCCCACCAAUACUGUGGUUCCUCGACGGGGCCUCAGAAGCCUGACAGGGACGAGGCCACUGAGAUGGCAGCGUUGGUCCUUGAUGGCCAGACAGAGCCAGCUGCAUGUGUGGCACAAAUUGGGCUGAUGUUUCGUGGUAUUCUCUGAAGUUGUGCCUGAUGAACAACGUGUGCUGCCCAUGAAGGAAGGGUCACUGGCUGGUGCCAUGGAAGGAGCCAGACCAGCCAUGCUGGCAGGAACUGCAGAGACACCACGUUAGACCACCGCCUUAUCUGAGCCCUGGCUCUUCAGGAGAUGCAUCCUGGUGAUGACCACGGGUCUUUCCAGCAGCCAGAGACAGGUACCCUCCUUCAGACGUCUGACACAGGGCUGCUUGAUGUGCAAUGGUUCUUCAGUCCUGCUUCUGUAUAAAAGUCCCUUUACACAAGGCUGCAACAACUGACUCUAGGUUCUGAAAACCAGCUCCAACUUCUGUAAAAUCUCAAGACCAUGACUGUGGUAUGCUGCCUUCUAGAAGCUACAUGGAACCACCAAGGAGUUUGCCAAAGACUUGCCCCUGAUGGCUGCCUGACUGUUCUUUGCAGCCAGAAAAGUAACCAAAGUUCUCAAAUGCUGCCAUUUCACUCUGCAAACAAAGGCUUUGGAAGAUCCCCGUCAUGAGCUGCUCAAGGUUUGGACCUGCUCUGAAAAUUGGUAUCUCUGUGUUUACAGCGCCUGCAACUCAACUGGACCUCUGUGGAACAUGUUCCUGAAGCUUUUGCAGGAUAAAUGGCGAACUGCCAAGUGAACUGCCUCUUCUUCACAGAGGUUCGAUACUAAUUGAUGUGAGUGACUCUUGUUCUGUUACCUUUUCAGAUGUAUCCCAAUAGAUGGUGUUUGACAAGUCCAGCACGUUACAGUAUCAGCAGAGAGAAAAAAAAAAGUAACAUCUCCAUCCUCUUAGUUCAUCACUUUCAGUCAUGUAUAAUUAUAGUUUAAUUCAGAACUUUAUUUUUUCAUUAAAACUGUUUUAAUGAACCAUGUUUUUUUCUUAACUGUGAAACAAGUGAACAAGGAUUUUGUUUUAUUCUGAA